CUUUUCGCGGGUUUCGCUAUCAUUGGUCAGCUCUGUCUGUGCACAGGAUCCUUCCUGUGGCUAUAAAAACCAAAUUCAUUGACGAGUUUUCAUUGCUACUUGGAGGAUUUGCUUGAACGCUUAUAUCUGAAAAGUCAUCUGAAAAUGUCUGGUCGCGGAAAAGGCAAGGGCAAGAAGGGCAAGGGGAAGUCACGAUCUUCCCGUGCAGGGCUCCAGUUCCCCGUCGGCCGUGUGCAUCGUUUCAUGAGGAAGGGCAACUAUUCCGAGCGUAUUGGCGCCGGCGCCCCAGUCUACAUGGCCGCCGUGCUGGAGUACCUGACCGCCGAAGUCCUUGAGUUGGCCGGUAACGCUGCCCGUGACAACAAGAAGACCAGGAUCAUCCCCCGUCACCUUCAGCUGGCCGUCCGUAACGACGAGGAGCUGAACAGGCUGAUGGGUGGUGUGACCAUCGCCCAGGGAGGUGUGCUGCCCAACAUCCACGCCGUGCUCCUGCCCAAGAAGAAGUAAACUUGAAGGACAAGUAAAACCACCGGCCCUUUUCAGGGCCACCCACAUCUAACAUAAGGAUCGUGUCGUAACACAGGCGGAUGAAACUUUUAAUUACAU